UUUAAAGUAUCAGUUGGUGUUAAAAAAAUAACAAUGCCUUAAAUAAAAUGAAUAUAAAGUUUAGGGUAUUUAGAUUUAAGUCUUGUGGUGAAGUGUGUAUGAAAUGUCUUCACGAUAGCUUGUUGUCAAGGGAUUAAAACUGUCAUGGAAACUGAAUAUUUUUUAUUAUGACAUGAAAACUCUGUUAAAAGAUGCUUUAAGGAAUGAUGAUGAGUAUAUAAUUCAGAGCAACAAUAGAAACUUCGAAAAAGGUCAAAAGGAAAAUAGUUUGACAAUAAUGAUCUGACCGAUGGGGUGCUCAAGCAGUCGGCCAAUGUCUAAUCGCAGAUUUAGUACAUCAAUGGGAAAUUCUGAAAGCACUGACCACGAAAUGUAUGAAGAAGCUGAAUCUCAAGAGAACGGAAAUCCACGUGUCCACUGGGACGAUGAUGAUGAUGAUGAUGAAGAAGAAGAAGAUGAUUAUUUGACUGAUUACAAUAUGGAUAUGUCCAGUAAUUACAAGUAUCGGACUGUGUCAUCGAAAGGUCCGAGAAGUGCUGGAGGUAGAUCAAGAGUAACUACGACAACAGCUGGCGAAACUUUUGAAGGAAGCGAAUAUUUUGAUAUGGAAACAAUGACAGAGGGACAAUCUGAAAUGACGGACUGGGACCAAGAGGAGCCAGGUUUAUAUGCCCCAUCCCUGUCUUUAUGGUACAAUGAUGAAGAGGCUGGUGAUAUUCUCACACAGGAUGUUUAUGUACCGAAGUUUGGGCUCACAAAACACACCUACUACUGCUGCCUGCAGUGGAAUGCCGGGAUGAACGGAGGAGGGUAUUGUGGGAUACAGGACCAUCCAAAGGGGCGUAAUUACAUCUUCUCACUGUGGGAUCCUGUGGAUACGGAUAAGAAAAUAAAACCUAUAUAUGUUGGGCCAGGAACUAUCUGUGAACCAUUUGGAGGAGAAGGGGAAGGCUUGAAGACAUGGAACUUCACUCUAGGAUGGGAAUCAGACAGCUGGUACACAGUCGUUAUCAGACGUUGGGACGAUGGCGAAAACACAUGCUAUGGAUUCUGGGUAAAACACCAAAUGACCUUGGAAUGGACACAUAUUGUGUCAUUAGAAUUUCCCGUACCUGCAACAUUCUUUGAAACUUUGUCGUGCAGUUUUCUCGAGGAUUGGGAGGGCACUGGGGACCAAGAGCGCCGUGUACACUUCAAAAAUGGCUACAAACACGGACUAAACGGAAAAUGGAUGCCGUUUAAUAAAGCCGUAUUUAGUAUGGUCAGUGAAAUGAGAUGUAAACUAUUUGAAAACAAUUAUGAUUCCGGAGUGUUGGACGAUACAUUCUAUUUGCAGUCAGGUGGACAGACUAUGCAAUCAGCUAGUGCAGUCAAUGGUGGAAUGCUGACCAGAGAGAUGCCUGCAAAACCAGAUGUUUUGCCCAUCUGUGUAUACCUGUCAUCAGUUACUUCAGAAGAAGUUAGUUGGGAAAUAUCUGCAGGAAGUGUUCCACAGUUUCAGUAUAUAGUUUACAUAGACAAACUGAUUUACAAACAGGAAGUAAAUUCUGAAGCUAGAACAUGUAAAUUUGAUACUUCCCCAACAGAACUUGUUGAACUUUUAAUUGAGGACAUUUAUGGCCAUGCGGUGAGGUCAAAGUUCAAAGUCACUAACCCGCCUGACUGUGACUCACAAACAAGGACCAGAUUAGAAGUUUAUGUUCCUACUGCAUCUCACUAAGUGUAUCAGUGACUCUAUAUAGGCACCCCGACUUGCAAGUUUGUAAAAAACAUUGUCAACAUUAUGUGGUUUCUUACUCUAUGCAACAUAACUUUUAAGAGUAUAGUAUAACCUGCAUUAAGCAGUCACUUGCCUUAAGCAGACAGUCAACUUAUUUCCCGUAUUGACUUCACAGACGUUUUUGUUCAAAUAUUAAUUUGACUUAAGCAGCCACUGCUGCUGCAGCCGGAUCCCUUGACUGUCUACUUAAGACAGGUUUGACUGUAUUUCUUUAGUUUUUGAAGAACGAAAAAUAUGAGAAGUGUCUGCCAAGUUCAAAGACUUUCUUUUUAAAAUUUAAGAUUGGUUUUUUGGCCCAAUCUUAAUGAAACUUGGUCAGAAUGUUACCUUCAAUAAAAUCUUGGACGAAUUUGAUAUUAGGUCAUCUGGGGUCAAAAACCAGGUCACCAGGUCAAAUCAAAGGAAAAGCUUGUUAACACUCUAGAGGUCACGAUUUGGGCCCAAUCUUAAUGAAACUUAAUGAAACUUGGUCAGAAUGUUACCCUCAAUAAAGUCUUGGACAAGUUUGAUAUUGGGUCAUCCUUGGGUAAAAAACAAGGUCACCAGGUCAAAUCAAAGGAAAAGCUUGUUAACACUGUAAAGGCCAGAUUUAUGAAUGUAUCUUCAUGAAACUUGGUCCGAAUGUUAAUCUUGUUGAUCUCAAGGUCCAGUUUGAAUCUGGGUCAUGUAGGAUCAAAAACUAGGUCACCAGGUCAAAUCAAAGGAAAAGCUAGUUUACACUGUAGAGGCCUCAUUCAUGGCCAUAUCUUAAUGAAACUUGGUCAGAAUGUUAAUCUUAAUCUGUAAGUCAAGUUCAAAUCUGGGUCAGGUGGAAUCAAAAACUAGGUUACUGGGUCAAAUCAAAGGAAAAGCUUGUUAACACUCUAGAGGCCACAUUUAUGACUGUAUGUUCACGAAACUUAGAAUGUUAAUCUUGGUGAUUUUUAGGUCAAGUUCGAAUCUGGGUCAUGUCUGGUCAAAAGCUAGGUCACUGGGUCAAAUCGAAGGAAAAGCUAUUUAACUCUUUAGAGGCCACAUUUAUGACUAUAUCUAAAUGAAACUUGGUCAGAAUGUUAAUCUUGAUGACCUUUAGGUCAAUAGGCCAGGUGAGCGAUACAGGGCCUUCAUGGCCCUCUUGUUUUGUGCAAAAUGGCAGCAAAAAAUUGACUAAGCUUUUCUACGUACUUUGUUGUAGAUCUAGUAAUUAUGUCUCCCACCACACAGUGGUGUGGGAGACAUAUUGAUUUACUCCUGUCUAUGUGUGUGUGUGUCUGUCUGUCUGUCUGUCUGUCACAAAGCUUGUCCGCACUCUAAGUCGAACAUUUCUCAUCCGAUCUUCACCAAAGUUGAACAAAAUGUGUGUGCCAAUAAGUCCUCGGCCAAGUUCGAUAACUAGCCAAAUCGGCCCAGGCACUUCGGAAUUAUGGCUCUUGAAUUACCGAAAAACACUCGGAUUUUAGGCGCAUUCCUGGAGUGAAAAGGACCCCUAUACUACUCAUGAGUAGUAUAGGAGUCCUUUUGGCUCCAGGAAUGUGCAUGCAAUCUGAGUAGUAUAGGAGUCCUUUUGGCUUGAUGAAUGUGCAUGCGCUCUAGUAGGGCAAGUUCGAUAAUGAACCAAAUCGGUCCAGGCACUUCGGAGUUAUGGCCCUUGAAUUACCGAAAGUCGGCCUUUUUACUCUUGUCCGUGCUCUAAGUCGAACAUUUCUCAUCCAAUCAUCACCAAACUUGAACAAAAUGUGUUUGACCAUAAGUCCUUGGCCAAGUUCGGUAACUAGCCAAAUCGGCCCAGGCACUUUGGAAUUAUGGCCAUUGAAUUACCAAAAAUCGGCCUUUUUACUCUCGUCCGCGCUCUAAGCCAAAUCGCCUGAGGCACUCCAGAAUUAUGGCCCUUGAAUUACCCAAAAUCGGCCUUCUUACUCUUCAGAGGUAUAUUUGUAGUGAGUAAACAGUAUAUAAAGACUGACUUGCUAUUUAGAUGAUUAGGCAGUUGUGGGAGACAUGCGCUUUUCUCAAAAGCAACUCUAGUAUUAAGGAAUUUGGCAUACUCUAUGCAGCUCUAAAAAGGCUGCAUCAUGGUGGCAUUUAUCAACUGUCUUAAAUGAAAAAAAUAUAUAAAGAAACACAGAUAUAAAAUUAUAAUAAUUUUUAAUGUAUUUUGAGAUAAGUGUUGAAAAACAACAAAUGACAGCAGAAGUCUACAAACUUAUCUGACCCCUCAUGUAAUGCCAUUUAUAUGCAUUAUAUAUUUUUAUUCGUGUAUGUAAGAUUAUUUUUUGACUAAAUUUUAAAAUGGAAUUACAUAUUAAUGGGUAUUGUAUUUGUAAGUUAAAAUGACAUGAAAUAGGUGAAACACUGGCCUACUUUUAAGUAUUGUUUUAGAACCAAAAUGUCCAUAAGGAUGGUUGGUUUGAAUAUAAUGACUAAUAGGUCCAGAAGAAAGAGUUUUGCUAAGAACUGCUGAUAUACAUGUAUCAUAGUGUAUUACUAUCAGCCAAAAUGAUUUUUUUUCUAAGGAAAAUCUUUCUCAUUUAAAUUUUCACUCUCAAAUUUUUUAAUACUAGUUUAUGAGAAGUUUUUAAGUACUGGUGCCUUAUGAGUGGAUGCAGCAGUGACACAGGCAAUGCUUGAAUAAAGGUUUAUGGCAUGCCUUAAUCUGCUAUUGUAUUAUUAGUAUUGUAUGCCAUGUAUUUAACCUGUAGCCUUCCAAACUUCUAUAAUAGACUUGUCUUUCAUUCAAUUUGGGCAGUGCCAUUUAUUAUUCAAAGUGGUGUUCACUGCAAAUUGACUGACUGAAUAGCAAACAGUGCAGAACAAGAUGAGCGUAUGUAGAUGUGCAUGUUCAUCUUCGUAUGCACUGAUCCCAAAGGUAAAAUCGCUUGCCGCAAGCAGGGUAAAGGUUUAUGAUAUCAUAUAUUAGUAUGCGUUCAAGUUUUGUCCUGCCAGUAUAUUCUUAUUGCUGUAUUGAUAUACAUGUAUAUUUUUGUAUCUUAGACAUAAAUAUAAUCGUUCAACAUAAAAAAGCAGUUUUUAUGCCCCUGCUCCACUUCCAGUAAGAGGGAUAUUGUUUUUCUCAUGUCGAUUUAUUUUCAAGUCAGUUGGUUUCUAAUAACUGGAGAGAACUUUAUAACCUACAGUGAUCAAAGUUCAUGAGAUAGUUGUCUGUUGUCAGUAGAUGGCCUUAGUUGUGUUGCUGGUCAGUAUGUGAAUGGGCAAGUGUUACAGUGUCGCCUACAGACUAAAGAGGGUUUCUGUUCAAUAACUGCAGAAGGCUUUGAGCUACAGUAGUAAAACUUUUUAGUAUGACUGUCUAUGGUCAGUAUAAGUAAUUCUAAUGAUUUUAGGGCUAGUAUAUCAAAGGUCAAGUUCACAGUGACAUUCAGACUGAAGACAGGCUCAGAAUGUUUGGGCCUGCAGAGGUCAAAUAGGAAGAUUGCCAAUUGGCAGUUGAUGACCCCUAUGAAUUUGAUGGCCAAAAGGUCCGUGUCAAGGUCAUAGUGCCCUUCACACUGAAAAUAGUUUGUGCUUAAUAACUUACAGUUACCAGAUGUUACAUUGACUUUUAAAUUGAAAAAAAGUUUCCUCUCAAUAACUGGAUAAGGCUCGGGUCUGUUGUGGUCAAUGUUCAUGGGGUGAUUGCCUGUGAUCAGACGACUUGUUAUUUUUGGGGUUAUUAGGUGAAAGGUCAAGUUCAUUGUGAUCUUGAGACUGAAAACAGUAAGUGUUUUUGAUCAAUAAUUUAAGAAUGCUUUGAUAUUAUAGUAUGACUGCCAGUUAGAAGAUCAAGGGUCAAGAUCGCUGGGAGAGUACUAAUGGUCAGGGGUCAUGUAACUUCAUCUGAUAGAUAUUUCAAUCUUAAUAGGAUGAUUACCUGUAGUCAGUAGAUUAGAUCUGUGUUUUUAGACUAAGUAGGUCAAUGGUCAAGUUAGCAGUGACCUUAAGACUAAAAACUGUUUCAGUUCAAAAACUAGAGAAUGAUGGGGUCUGAUAUUGUUCAGCUUUAUAGGAUGAUUGUCUGUUUUAUAUAUAUGACUUCUAUUAAUCUUUGGCUGUGUUGGGGUCAGUAGCUCAAAAGUCAAGGACAUAGUUGUUUUGGGGAUGAAAUUUAUAUAUCUGGAGGUUGCUUGUGCCUGUCAUACUUCAUAAGAUGAUUGCAUCACAGGUGGUAGUAAUGUACCUAGGAUACAGUAUGGGUCCAUGAGCCAUAUGCACUUAAAUUUACUACAGUUAUAAUAUUUUCUUAGGGAAAAAAAAUGACAAAAAGCCAUUUUGAAAAAAAUUUGCUCCUGUGACAAUGAGCCAUGAGAUAACUCAAAAAGUAGCACCGGGACCCCCAGUGUUUUUUUUGCAUAUAUUUGUUUCUAAUAUGAUGCUCUAUGAUCAUGCAAAGUUUAAGAAAAUUCUCUCUGCUAGUUAAAAUUUUCCUUCUUUGCCUAUAUAAAAAUCCCACACACUUGUCCCAUUUCCCCUUAAAUCCUUCAAAAUCUCAAUCUGUUUGAUUUCUCAGUUAAGUAGAAAAACAAAAUUCGUAGUUAAGAGCAUAUAUUGGUCUUGUAUUUAUUGUCUUUUAAUGCAUUAUUGGUUAUAUGAAUGUAAGUCUGUAAAUGUAUUUAAUGACUUAAAUUAUAAAUAAAAAGUUAAUUAUUGA